AUGGUGAAAAGUGUUUUCAGGGAUGUAAUGUUGGAAUACUCAAAGCAAGUGGUGAGUCUAGGGGAGUUUCUAUUUGAGCUUUUAUCAGAAGCUCUAGGGUUGAACCCUAAUCACCUCAAGGACAUUGAUUGCUCCAAGGGCUUGCGCAUGCUUUGCCAUUACUACCCACCCUGUCCUCAGCCUGACCUAACUUUAGGCGCAAGUAAACAUAGCGACAGCUCUUUUCUUACCGUCCUUCUUUCAAAUCAAAUCGAAGGGCUUCAAGUUCUCCGUGAAGGGUACUGGCCAAAGUUUUCUUUAUGCAUGCAGUUUAUAACAAACGACAAGUUCAUUAGUUCGGAGCAUAGAGUCUUGGCCAACAGAGCCACAGGAGCUAGAGUCUCGGUCGCCUGUUUCACAACCGGUAUUAGACCGAAUCCUAGAAUAUACGGACCAAUAAGAGAACUUGUGUCUGAAGAUAACCCUCCAAAGUAUAGAGAGAUCACAGUUAAGGAGUUCGCUGCUCACCGCAGUGCCAAAAGACAUGACGGAACCUCUGAUUUGCUCCAUUUUAAAAUAUGA